UUCCCAGGCCCUGUAUAGAGCAGAUAUAUAUAAACUGUCGAUAGUGUAGGUUGUCAUUCUGCCGGACUUUAAACUAACACCAUGAAAGUUUUUAUUCUUGCUGUCCUAUUGGCCGGGGCCAGUGCCGGAUUCCUAGACUCUUUAACGGGCGCCCUGAACAGUGUCAAGGAUGGGCUCACAUCGGCAGCUUCCUCCACCCUCAGUACGCUCACGAGUGGUAACGUGGGCGACAUCGUGUCACACAUAGUACUUCCAGUUGCUGAACAUGCAGCUGUUGCCGCCCUAUUGGGAAAACGAGAGCACGCGCAUGGCCCAACAGUCCAGGAGGUGCUCAGCCACGGCGCCCAAGCAGCAGAAUACGUGCUCGACAAAUACGCCACCGAAUUGCAACACUUCCAUGAGCAAAUCGCCAGUCUGGAUUAUCUGAAGGGAGAUGUCAACCAAUUCUUUGCGGACAUGGAGCACUCAAAACUGGUACACAACCUGGCCCUGGACAACAUUGUGAGCAGUGUACAACAGGCACUGGCAAGUCACAAGAGACAGGCUGCGGACAAUGGGCUCCUCUCUGGACUGUCCGGCCUGUUUGGCUCCACCAUUGACAAGUUGAAGGAGACGUUUAACGGUGUCCACGACACACUUUCACAAGGAUCAACAGGUAUCCUUGGGGCUUUGACUGGUCAUAUUGCAUCUCUGACCGAUGGCCUCAGUCAUCUCAAGGACACUGGAGCAGCUCUGCUAGCUUCUGGUCAGGAGACUUUGGCCUCCCUCCAUAACACUGCCGGCGUACUGAUCAAUCAGGCCCAGGCUGGAGUACAAGGACAGGCAGCUCAGGCCCUGGAUACCCUGCUACACCCAGACCUCGGUUAAAGACUCGCUGCUAUACAUCUUCGUGUUUAUAUGUAAUAAACGUGCUAAACAUUC